CAACAGCACGUGAAUCGGUGAGUCGCGGAGAGCGUAAACAAUAAAAUUAAAUUAUUUUGUGCUUGUGCAUUGUCUUCGUGCCUUCGUGGUGAAAGAAGGAAUUGCAGUUUACCUAGUAGAAGGGCUCAUACCUACUCAUACGUUAUUUAAUGUCAAUGAAAUGUCAUCAUCCGAGUAUGAUUAUGAUACGGAAAGUGAGAAAAGGGAGGAGUGCAAGCAAAAAUCCAAAAAACGACGAAAUUAUUUUAAUAAUGACUGGCAGCAAACUUACAGUUGGCUUCUUAAACGCAAAGAAGAAGGCACUGCAAAAUGUAUUGCUUGUAAUUCUGAGUUUUCCAUUGCCAAUGGAGGAGUUUAUGAUGUAAAGAAACAUAUGAAAACCGGAAAACAUAUAAAACAAGUGGAAAAUUCAGCAAGAACCCCAAAUAUAUUAUCAUUUUUCAAUUCUACAUCUACAGCGGCAUCUACAAAGAAUAAUUACAGGACAGCAGCAGCAGAAGCUUGUUUUGCGUAUCAUACUGUACAACAUGCACAUAGUUAUAAUUCUGCUAACUGUAGCAAUUCACUUUUUUCAGUAAUUUUUCCUGAUUCCAAAAUAGCCCAGACAUUUUCUUGUGGAAGAACAAAAUUGACUAAAGUUGUUACCAAUGUUUUGGCAAAGGAAUCUCGUAAACUUAUCAUUCAAGAUCUCUCGGGAAAUCAUCCAUUCAGUUUGGCCACAGAUGCAUCGAAUAAAGGUAAUAUAAAAAUGUUCCCUCUUGUUGUGAGAUAUUUCAAAAAAGAUGUUGGUGUUCAAACCAAACUUUUGAAUUUUUUUGAUUCUUCUUCUGAAACAUCUAAAAUUAUAGCAAACUGCCUUAUUGAAAAAUUAAAGGAGGCUAAUUUAAAUCCCCAAAAUGUAAUAAGUUAUUGUGCAGAUAAUGCCAGUGUAAAUUUUGGGAAAAAUCAAAGCGUCUUUGUUGAAUUGCAAAAAUUUAAUUCUGAAUUAAUUGAUGUGGGUUGUCUUUGCCACGUGCUGAAUAAUUCCAUAAAAAAUGCUUCAAAUUGUUUGAAAUUUGAUUUGGAAUGCAUUAUUAUGAAAACAUAUAAUACAUUUUGCUCUCAUUCUAAAAGGAAACAAGAACUAUUGGAAUUUUAUGAUUUUUGUGAUGUGGAAUACAGUGAAUUAUUGAGGCAUGUCCCUACUAGGUGGCUUUCUCUAGUACCAGCUAUAGAUAGGCUUUAUAAAAACUUUGAGCCAAUAAAAAGUUAUUUUCUAUCAAUGUCUUCUUGUCCAGCAUUACUUCAUGAUUUUUUCACAAAUGAUCUAGCUGAAGCAUACCUAGGUUUAGUUUCAAAUAUUGGCACAUUAAUUCAAAAUGUAAUUUUAAAAUUAGAGGGCGAAGGACCUAUUAUAAUAGAGAUAUAUGAUCUAUUGUCAAAUUUGCGCAAUUCACUAAAAUCAAAGUUGGAGCAAAAAUAUUAUGGAAUGAUAGCACAUCAAGCAAUGCAAAAAUGUGAUGACUUCAAUGAGGUCAACUUGUUUAAGAAGAGAGCUGAAGCAUUUAUUUCAAAAAUUGUAGAUUACGUAGAGCAAAGAUUUGAUUUUACCCAGAAUCGCUUUGAAAUCCUAAAAUAUUUAAAUUAG